CUCCGCGGGUUCUCCGGGUACGAGCGUGGGGCGCGGAGUGCCCGAGCUUUCCCCUUAAAGGAUCCACUUGGGCAAGGGGAGAGGGACCGGCGGCCAGCGGCGUGGGCUUCGUGCACUCUCCUCGGCGGCUGGGGCUGGAGGCCCUGGCGGCCGGCUAGCACCGGGCUGCGCCGAGCCGGCUCAGGCUGAGCGCGGGGACCCGGGGAUCGUCGGGUGUGCGGGGCGCGAGUGCUGUUCUACGCGCGCGGAGCCGGUGCCCGCCUGCUGCCGGUGCGCCUGAGGCUCUGGGUUCUGAACACCCAGUGGCCGGGCUGGACCUGGAUUCGGAAGAGGGAGGGAAGGACCAGAGAAGGACUGUCUAGAUCUCUCUCGCCUCCUUUGGAGAGAUGCGAAGUUGUGAGCUUGUGUGCAUUUGAGAAGCGCCAGAGAAGGAACCGGAUUUCAGGGUGGCCAGGCGGUGGGGGUGAACUUUCAACGGCUGUGUGUGGAUGUAGUGGGGCUAGGGCUGCUGCCUCCUUCUCCUGUGACUGUUCCUCUCCUGACGCCCAGCAGCCUCCAGUUGUGGUUGGUCGGUAGAAGCCUCUGCAGGAAGAAGAAGAGGGAACCCGUGGGUACCAGACCAAUGCUGCCAGAGGUGUGAGGAGAGGAGCUGACACCUGUUGCUACACUACAGGCUCAGAAAGGAUCAUGGAGCUGGAGUGAGGUGAGGGGCUGCGAGCUGCUGAUCAGUGUGGGGGAACACUGGUGACUUGCAGAUCACUAAGGCUGGACGUUCAUGGCUCUCGGGUAGAACCCAGCGAAACAGCCAGAAUGAAUUCUAUGGACAGACACAUCCAGCAGACCAACGACCGGCUGCAGUGCAUUAAGCAGCACUUACAGAAUCCUGCCAACUUCCACAAUGCCGCCACGGAGCUGCUGGACUGGUGUGGAGACCCACGAGCCUUCCAGAGGCCCUUCGAGCAGAGUCUGAUGGGCUGCCUGACCGUGGUCAGCCGAGUAGCGGCCCAGCAAGGGUUUGACCUGGACCUCGGUUACAGACUGCUGGCUGUGUGUGCUGCAAACCGGGACAAGUUCACUCCCAAGUCUGCUGCCCUGCUGUCAUCCUGGUGUGAGGAGCUUGGCCGCCUGCUGCUGCUCCGACAUCAGAAGAGCCGCCAGAGCGACCCCCCUGGGAAACUCCCCAUGCAGCCCCCCCUCAACUCCAUGAGCUCCAUGAAACCCACUCUGUCGCACAGUGAUGGGUCAUUUCCCUAUGACUCUGUUCCCUGGCAGCAGAAUACCAACCAGCCUCCCGGCUCCCUCUCCGUGGUCACCACGGUGUGGGGAGUGACCAACACCUCCCAGAGCCAGGUCCUUGGGAACCCCAUGGCCAAUGCCAACAACCCUAUGAAUCCAGGCGGCAACCCUAUGGCGUCAGGCAUGACCACCAGCAACCCCGGCCUCAACUCCCCGCAGUUCACGGGGCAGCAGCAGCAGUUCUCCAAGACCGGCCCUGCACAGCCUUACAUCCAGCCUAGCAUGUACGGACGGCCCAGCUACCCUGGCAGCGGGGGCUUCGGGGCCAGUUACCCCGGGGGUCCUAGCGCCCCUGCAGGCAUGGGCAUCCCUCCGCACACCAGGCCACCAGCCGACUUCACUCAGCCGGCAGCUGCAGCCGCCGCGGCUGCAGUAGCAGCUGCCGCUGCCACAGCCACAGCCACGGCCACGGCUACAGUGGCAGCCUUGCAGGAGACACAGAAUAAGGAUAUAAACCAGUAUGGACCGGUCUGUUCCUCUUUCCAGAUGGGUCCCACCCAGGCGUAUAACAGCCAAUUCAUGAACCAGCCGGGGCCACGUGGGCCUGCCUCCAUGGGGGGUAGCAUGAACCCUGCCAGCAUGGCGGCUGGCAUGACUCCCUCGGGGAUGAGCGGCCCUCCCAUGGGCAUGAACCAGCCCCGGCCGCCCGGCAUCAGCCCCUUUGGCACACACGGGCAGCGGAUGCCCCAGCAGACGUACCCGGGCCCCCGGCCCCAGUCCCUUCCUAUUCAGAGCAUAAAGAGGCCAUACCCCGGAGAGCCACAGCCCAACUAUGGAAACCAGCAAUAUGGACCAAACAGCCAGUUCCCCACCCAGCCGGGCCAGUACCCGACUCCCAACCCUCCAAGGCCACUCACCUCUCCCAACUACCCUGGGCAAAGGAUGCCAAGCCAGCCCAGCACUGGGCAGUACCCGCCCCCCACGGUCAACAUGGGGCAGUAUUACAAGCCAGAACAGUUUAAUGGACAGAACAACGCCUUCUCGGGGAGCAGCUACAGCAACUACAGCCAAGGGAAUGUCAACAGGCCUCCCAGGCCGGUUCCUGUGGCAAAUUACCCCCACUCACCUGUUCCAGGCAACCCCACGCCCCCCAUGACCCCUGGGAGCAGCAUCCCUCCCUACCUAUCCCCUAGCCAAGAUGUCAAACCGCCUUUCCCGCCCGACAUCAAGCCAAAUAUGAGCGCUCUGCCGCCACCCCCAGCCAACCACAACGAUGAGCUGCGGCUCACCUUCCCAGUGCGGGACGGCGUGGUGCUGGAGCCCUUCCGCCUGGAGCACAACCUGGCCGUCAGCAACCAUGUGUUCCACCUGCGGCCCACUGUCCACCAGACACUGAUGUGGAGGUCGGACUUAGAGCUACAGUUCAAGUGCUACCACCAUGAGGACCGGCAGAUGAAUACCAACUGGCCAGCCUCCGUGCAGGUCAGCGUCAACGCCACACCCCUCACCAUCGAGCGCGGUGACAAUAAGACCUCACACAAGCCGCUGCACCUCAAGCACGUCUGCCAGCCUGGCCGAAACACAAUCCAGAUCACCGUGACUGCCUGCUGCUGCUCCCACCUCUUCGUGCUGCAGCUGGUGCACCGGCCCUCCGUGCGCUCUGUGCUGCAGGGUCUCCUCAAGAAGCGCCUGCUCCCAGCUGAGCACUGCAUCACAAAAAUCAAGAGGAAUUUUAGCAGUGUGGCUGCCUCCUCAGGCAACACAACCCUCAACGGGGAGGAUGGCGUGGAGCAGACAGCCAUCAAGGUGUCCCUGAAAUGUCCCAUCACGUUCCGGCGCAUCCAGCUGCCUGCCCGAGGCCAUGACUGCAAGCACGUCCAGUGCUUUGACCUGGAGUCGUACCUGCAGCUGAAUUGUGAGAGAGGGACCUGGAGAUGUCCUGUAUGCAAUAAAACCGCACUGCUCGAGGGCCUGGAGGUGGAUCAGUACAUGUGGGGGAUCCUGAAUGCCAUCCAACACUCCGAGUUUGAAGAAGUCACCAUCGACCCCACCUGCAGCUGGCGGCCGGUGCCCAUCAAGUCCGACCUGCAUAUUAAGGAUGACCCCGACGGCAUCCCCUCCAAGCGGUUCAAGACCAUGAGCCCUAGCCAGAUGAUUAUGCCCAAUGUCAUGGAGAUGAUCGCUGCCCUGGGCCCUGGCCCGUCCCCCUAUCCACUCCCGCCUCCCCCCAGUGGCGCCACCUCCAAUGACUACAGCAACCAAGGCAACAACUACCAGGGCCAUGGCAAUUUUGACUUCCCUCACGGGAACCCCGGUGGGACAUCCAUGAACGACUUCAUGCAUGGGCCCCCCCAGCUCUCUCACCCCCCGGACAUGCCCAACAACAUGGCUGCCCUGGAGAAACCCCUCAGCCACCCCAUGCAAGAAACUAUGCCCCACGCUGGCAGUUCUGACCAGCCCCAUCCCUCCAUACAACAAGGUUUGCACGUACCACACCCCAGCAGCCAGUCAGGGCCUCCAUUACAUCACAGUGGGGCUCCUCCUCCUCCUCCUUCCCAGCCUCCCCGGCAGCCACCACAGGCCGCUCCCAGCAACCAUCCACACAGCGACCUGACCUUUAACCCCUCCUCAGCCUUAGAGGGUCAGGCCGGCGCGCAGGGAGCAUCCGACAUGCCGGAGCCUUCACUGGAUCUGCUGCCAGAACUCACAAAUCCUGAUGAGCUCCUCUCCUACCUGGAUCCCCCCGACCUUCCGAGCAAUAGCAACGAUGACCUCCUAUCUCUCUUUGAGAACAACUGAAGGCCACCUCUGUCGGGGGCCAACCCUCCCCACUUUGCCUCCUGCCCCAUCUAACCCCACACACUUGCCCUCCCUCUCAAGUGCCCGUGUCAGGCCACUCCUUGCCAGAAUCACAGGCCUGGAGGCGGGCAGGUACACCGGGAAGGUUGUGUAGGGCUGCAGCUGCAUCCACCUGAAUACUUAGAGCUCAAAGAUGACCCCUGCUGAGGGGUGCCUGGUCCAAUGAGAGGCCCGGGCCCAUGGUGGCUUCAGGUCCCUCCAGAUGACCUUCCAGUGCAGUGCCCCCCAAAGUUCUUCCAUGUUCUAAACUGUAGCCCUGCUUCCCAGCCCAGAGCCUCCUUCAAGUGACUGGAGCCUGAAGGAACCACCCCUGCCUCAGUCCAGGUCGGGGUGGGGGGACAGCAAGCUUUUGGAGGAGCAGUGACAGUUGGCCACAGUGAGAAUUGCCUGCCCACCACCACCCACCCCAGAAAAGCACAAAUCUAGGAAGGAGAACAUCUCUCCAGGCCAAGGGUCUGCGCUUUGGCCUCUGCCAUGUACGCCGAGAAGCCGUGUAAACACUUGUGAGAAAAGCAGAGACAAGACAAGGUGAUGAGGAUCUCCCGUCUCCACUCGGGGAUGGUGGAAAAGGGGAACCGGGGCCACCCUAGGAGCCGGGACAACACAUUGGUGGCUCCAUGACCUGGCCUUAGAUCAGAGCCCAGUCUUGGACAGAGAGAAGGAAAGAAAUCCUGUGUAAGAGAGAGGACACACGUGUGCACACCCACCCAACAGGACCGCACUCUCAGCUGGGGGCUGGAGGAAAGGGCAGCUGGAAGCCCAUCAGGAGCAGCCCCUUGCAACUUUGCUAUAAGCCACUCCCUGCUUUCUAAACUGUGAAAGUGACCCUGGAAAGUUCUGAAGUCACCAAAGGAAAGGCACGUUGGACUUUGACCACAACCAAACCGUUUCCCUCGUGUGCUCUUCGUUUUCUUCCAACCCCACCUGCACCUGCCUCUCCUAGACUGUUCAGUGGGACAUGGCUUCCUUCUGGGUCCUUAUCCUUGUGUGUCCAGCCAGUGGCAGGGUGCACAAUGGAGAGACAGGACAGGGGCAGUGGAGACAGAAGCCUGAGCUGGCCAACAGGAGUCCAGCACAUCUGUGUCUCAAGGCUGCUUCGAGCUGCAGCCCAGGCCAUCACUGCAUGCCCCAGGAUACCCCACAGGCAACAUGUGGGCCCUGUGUGCGGCCGUCAGCCACCCCCUCAGCGUCCCCCCUCCACACUCCUGCCCCAGUGAGAGCAGUCUUCCCUCUUCACUCCAUCUGGCUUAGGGCCCUCAGGGGGCUCUGUCACGCAUCCACUUCCUUCCAGGCUGAGCCAUGGUGAUGUUGGGUUGCCCUGUUACUUGGGGUCCCAUCUGUAUAUCCUUGGCACCCUUCCCUGCUGCCGCCGCCACCACCUCCCAGAGCCCUUUCCUGCCCUCCCAUCCACCGUUGAUGUCCUUGGUAGCUGUCGUGUCCCAGUCCCUCUGUGGGUGCUUGGUGUUCCCCAGGGCUGUUCGGCUUGUACCCAGAAGGUGGUCCCAGCCGUUGACUCACAGUCACCUCACCCAAACGGCACAAGGUUUUCUUGUAGGACAGCUGCCAUUGUUCCCCUACCCUUUUUCUUCCUUUGUCCCUUUUGUCGAGGUUUUUUCCAGAACACCUGUUGUUCAGUAUGCAAAUCAGUUAUUUUAAGAAUCGCUUUUGUAAAUAUCUUUGUGAAUAUUUUAGUAUCGUCUUUGAUAAUACUCCAACAUUUUCAUGACCUGGUUAUUGCCUUUGCUGGUGUUUUUAAAAUACCUUGACUCAGCAACAAAAACUGAGUCCUUUUUUUUAAAAAAAAAAAGCAAACAAAAACAAAAAAGCAACCAGGGCUAUUUGUAUAGAUGAGGGAGGAACAGAAUGAGUGGCUACACUGGGAGGUUGUAGAUCUGGAAGCCUGCUGUUAAGAGCCAUUCCCUCCAACCCUGGCAGCUGGUGGGGACAAGACUGCGCCAAGUAAUAUGGCAAUGCCUGCCCUGUGCCCGUGGCCUGGCACAUGGCCACGGUCUGCACUGAACACCUGGAAUGUCAGCUUCAGACAGACGGACAGAUGCCUUUCCUUAGAAGUUUCUGCUUUCUGCUGUGAUACAGUUCCCAGAAAGGCCUAAGGUCCAUGCUGAUCCUUGUCACUGCACACCAGUUCUGUUCACAGGACCACCCUCUGCUCUCUAGUGCAGAGUCUAGAUCCAUCCUGCCCCUUCCAUCUUGGCCUGGUUUCUGGAGUUCCCUCCCACACAGGCCUCCAGGAGUAGGGUCAUUACAGAGCCCUCCCGGCCAGCUCUGGCCUGUGGGCACUGGGAAUGCCCCCUUCCAGGGUAGUUUCGAGUAGGAGCGAGCUGGAGCCAUCCCUUAGAAAUGACAAGGAAAGGCAACACCCAUUAGCAGAGGCAGGCCUGAGUUCUAGAAAGUUAACUUCCUGAUCCUGGAGCCAUAAGUAACCUCGACAAAAAAAGAGACAAGGUCUCAGCAAGCCACUCUCCUGUGCCAGCAUCCUUCCAUCCACCCGCCAGCAUGUGUCUGUCCCCACUCCACAAAAUGGGCUGGGAACAGACAGGCAGAAAGGGCCCUGUACAGGCAAUCGCUCCCAUCUUCUUGGUUCGAAGCUUUAUCCGUGUAUCAUGCUCCCCUGUAGCAAUUUUAUUUUUGAAGAAACGUCUAAUCCUUUUCCCCCAGCUGUAACGCCCAGAGAGCUCCAUUCUGCUGCCGAUGGGUCUCAGGCCUGACCUGUCCAGACGGGGCAGUGGGCAGCCGCAGUGACUCAAGGGACGUGUGUACAUAUGUAAAUGAGAAAUAGACGUGUCAACAGAUGCUUUCAUUUCUCUUGGAAUGUGUAUUGUUUUUAUUUUACAAAACAACCACAAAAAAAGGCUUGAAACUCCAUCAUGCGUGGAAAAGAAAAAAAAAAACUAGAUCCUGUUAGCAUUUGUCUCAGCCGUGUAAUAUACUCUGACCUUGUGUGGAAAGGUAUUUUUUUGUUCUUGUUUUUGUUUUUAAUUUUUACCUACCUGUACUAUUGAGCUUCAGUGUGCUAGUUCUGCCACCUGUGUAUUUUUAGGGUGCUAUGGAAAUAAUGAAAAGAAAUGGAGGAUUUCAGAAGAAAAUUGUAACCAAAUUCAUAACUUUGUAUAAUUUUUUGAUAUCAUGAUCACAGGUAAUCCACACGCCCACACAUCAACACGCCCACCAGUGCAGCCUGAAGUGACUCCCACCCGAACCGCCAUCCUCUCUGUACAUUGUCUGUACAAUGCAAUCAUUUCAUCUCUUCAACUGGUCAGAAAACUAAUUGUGGUUUCUAGUCUUGCAAAGCUGUAUGUAGUUAGAUGAUGUGACCUCUAAUAUUUAUCUAAUAAAUAUGUAUUCAGAUGAAACCUGUA